AUAGUUUAUAUAUAUAUAUUGAGCCCUUUCGGCUGUUCUUAAUUGAUCUAGUUUCUUCUUCUUCUUAUUUUUCUCUAUAUAUUUAACGUUUACUUUCUUUGAUUUCUAUAUCUUUGCCUCUGGAAUCUUUAACUCUAGCUAGGGUUUAAUGACACUAAGCAGAGGCAAGGCCAUGGGUGACUCUUCGUCUGCUGCUUCUUAUAUCCACACGGUGCACCAUCUGAUAGAAGAGUGCAUCCUAUUUAACAUGAGCAAAGAAGAGUGCAUGGAAGCUCUUUCCAAGCACGCCGACAUCAAACCUGUCAUCACUUCUACAGUGUGGAAGGAGUUGGAGAAAGAGAACAAGGAGUUUUUCGAGGGAUAUAAGAAGAGAAGGGAGGAGAGAGCUAAAGCUGAAAGAGAGAAGAGGACAUAACAUCCAUCGCAAAGUCGAAAACACAUGAUUGCUAAAUAAUGAUUCGUACAAGAAUAGCACUAAUGGGUCACUCUGUAAUUUGUAUGGAAUUCUAAGGGUAGUUAAAUAAAAAGGGUAGGCAGGCAAUAAAACCCACUCACCGCUGCGGCUCGGUGGUUUUCUCUUUGCUGUUGCAUGGUAAAAUGACGUCGUACCGCAGCUAGCCAUGUUAAUUAAGGAGGCGUGAUCCACGUGGAGGUUGCAUGGAGUAGAUGUCAACGUGGCAGGGCCAGCAGUUGUCUACUUGUAAACUUGUUUUGAAAAUUUCUACUGUUUGUAUGUUGUUUAGGAAAUGUGAAAUUGGGGACCAUUUGAAGGGGAUUGCGGGUGUCACUGUCUCGACCCUUUUUGUCUUGGUUUUUAAUCAAUUUAGGUUACUGCAUGUAUUAUUUCAGAUAAAAAAACGAAAACAUUUCUAUCCA